AUGGCCUCUGCUAACAUUGACCCAGACGGAGCUGCCGCCCCUAGGCCGCCCUCCGGAACACCGAGCGGUGCGACUUCGCCCGCUCCUGCCUCGCUUUCUGGAUCUUCAUUGUCGGAGAUGAAGACUCGUCCGCCUGGCCCAACCUCCCCGCCCGUGCCUGGUGCUCGCUGUUUGCCCUUGCGCCCUCCAUCGGCCCCUCCGUUUGACGACAAGUGCGAGUAUGCUUCGAACGACGUUCUCCUUUUCUGGAAACCUCCAUCCGUUUUCUCGCAAUGGACUCCCUCGGCUUUUGACGUACUGGGGGUACGUUAUUCAUGUGGUGAGCAAUUUAUGAUGUCUGAAAAAGCGAAGCUGUUUGGAGAUAUGGCAUCGUAUGACAAAAUUAUGACGGCAACUGAUCCUAAGACAUACAAGUACUUGGGUCGUAAAGUGCGUCCUUUCGACUAUGCUGAAUGGGAGCGUCGUCGUGAAGAGAUCGUGCUUACAGGGUCAUAUGCUAAAUUUGCUCAAAACCCAGCCAUGAAACAACAUUUGAUGGCGACGGGUACCCGUUUCCUUGCAGAAGCUAGCCCCUUCGAUCCUGUUUGGGGUAUCGGCAUGGCUGCAACAUCUCCAGAGGCUAGUGAUUCUUCUAAUUGGCCGAAUAGUGGUCGCAACUUGUUGGGAAAAGUGUUGAUGGAAGUUCGACGCUUGUUGCGUGAUCGGCCAUCGUCUGGCGAAGAUCUCCCUGCGUCUCCUUUCCCCGAGCCCUCCUUUUCGCAGCCGUUGUCCCCUGGUCAACAACGCAUCCACGAGGUGGGUUCUCCUGGUGCGGCACCACCUUCAGAGGGCCGGGGUGAAGAUCCUGCUGGCCUUCGUUUGGACGCUCCGGGGGACCAUGCUCCGGGCGUUCACUUGGUGGCCGCUACCUCUGUUUGCCAAGACCACCCUCCUCUUCUGGAACACGGACCGGAUUUGGUGGGCGGCACGCUUCUGCUGGAUUCGGCUUCGUACACCACCUGGGUUCUGUUGCAUGGAGGGCCUACAGCCACUUCUCAACUGCCGCGAGUGGCGCUGCUGGACUCUGGAUCCCCCGCGUCCUUCGUGUCUGACUCUGUCGUUACCGCUAUGAUUGAUGCAGGAGCUUUGACUUCGGGGAGUGUCCGUGUUUCGCCCUCUCGUCGUUGGGGUGGGUUUGGUGAUGGACCCGCCCUCGUGACCACCAAAUCGGUUCGGUUAACAGUCAACUUCCUUCACGGGGAUCGUGCUACGGCUUCUCUGGCGGUUUGGGCCUGCGUUGUUCCAGAUGCCGCCAUGGGGCACGCCGUACUCCUGGGUCGGGAUAGCUGGAUGCGGUUCAACUCUCGCACCUUCACCACCCUCCCUCGCCCUGGACCGGAUGGCCGUGUUAUGGGCGAACUCACUCUUUCUCCGCGUUUUACAGCUGACGUCUGCGUCUACGCAACACACGACGACGCCUCUGCGUCCUCUUUUCAUCUCAAAUAUGAAGGGACUUCGGGAAUUUCCUUGG